UGAUGCCGAUGAUGCAAAUGUAUUUUCAUUUUCGAGAGAAUGAAUAUUUAUUAUUUAAAGGGAUACUUCCAAACAAUUUAACCGUUGUUUAUGAAGCUAUUCGAAUUUUUAGAGCAUUAUUAUAUCGUUCAGAAGAAGGAAAACAGAAUUGUCUAGCAAACAACGAAAAUAAUAACCAAAUAAACAAUCAACAAUGUGAAUGUUCACCCCCGCCACAAUUACUAUAUCAAGCUUUAAUGUUUUUUCUUUCUCAAUUUUAUAAAUUAAAUUUUUAA